AUGCCAAUUCCAGAAAGCUUCUGCAACAUCUACGAGUACCUGCGAAGCUUUGCCUUGCCAAUGUUGGAGGAGCUGCGUCAAGACCUAAAGGCUCCUCUGGAUGCCCUUCAGCUGGACUUGGAUGUGGCAGAGGAGGUCCGUCUCAUUCCAAUGGAGGUCGCCAAGGAGACCAUGAAGGGUGAAGGCAUCCCUGCAAUACCACCAUGGUUUCCCGCAACUUGCUCGCACCAGGUUAUGCUGGUGCUGGCAGGAAGGGACCGGGCGAAGUGUGCCCAAUGCGCCCCAGGCCAAAUGUGCCUUCUCUUCGAGGAGGGUUCAGUUACGAAGCCCUUCGCUCUGCCUGGCAUGGCCGAUGAGGAAAUGCGUGAGGUUUUGCCCUUGAAAGUCAAUCCUGGAGGCUGUCACAGACUCGGCCUCCUGCACACCACGCCAAAGAGCAAGCACGCUGUGGUUUUGAUAUCGCAAGAGAAGAGCCUCCCACGCUGUGAUGCCAAUGAAGUAUCGGAGGUUCUGUACCCCAGCUGCGAAGAAGCCAGGGCAGACAUCAAGCUAACAGAGAGUCCAAUCUCAGAAGGCUGGGAUGACGAAGGGACACCGGUGCGCCUUCUUGUUGAAGGCAAGCCACGCCAGUGGAAGUUGGCUCUGCUCGGCUGUAAUGCACUGACGUCCAUCCGAAUUGGAGCUGCGCUGGCCAAUGCAGCUGGUCACCAUCCCAUCUUCUGGCAAAAAGAAAUUUCCGGCAGGGAAGAUUGCGAUGUCAGCACGUUUGGUGGUACGUUCGAAGGUACAGGAAAGACACACACCUUGGCCGUUCUUUUGGAGCAGUGCGCGGAACUUGCACUGGCAGGCAUGGAAGAAAACGCAGAUGCCGAGCAGCAGGUUACGAAGAGCAAAUGGAGGAAGCGGUUUCAGAACCACAGCAAGCCAAACGAGCCGAAGCCACCAGAUAUUGCAGCGCGGAGGCGCGCAGCCAACCGCUGCCUGGUGUGUGCUCCAACGAACAUUGCUGUUCAAGAGGUCCUGCGGCGUUUGCUGGAUCGAUUGGACCCUGAGCGCUGGUGUCAGGUGGUCUUGGUGGCGACAGAAGACCGAGCCAACAUCUCUUUGUCCGAUGAGCCCGCUGCCGAUGACAAACGGCUUUCAGCAGUCCUUUUGGAUCACAAGAAAAAGCGCGUAAAACGCAUCGCUCGCUUCUGGCUGGGCGAAGGCUUCGAGAGGCCCAAGCCACAUCUCCGCCAACCCGAUUGGGUCUUUGAAGCUGGCAACUCUUGCCUUGCACUGCUCUUAACUGAUCCUGCAAGGGCGUAUGCACGCGCAUCUUUACCAGUCAAGGGCAGAGGCAAAGCGAAGAAAGGCAAGGAGCGGAUAGAAGCUGCGCAUCUUCUACAUUUCGUGCGACGAAAGUUGACGGAGAUCCAGGUGAUUGCCCGAGACCAGCAAGACAAGCUGAAGCGGGAGGUUGCUUUCGCCACGAAGGCGUUCGUCCCUUUCUCCUGUUCCAGGAAGGAGAAGCGAAGAAUUGAGGGUGAAGCGCAGGUCUUCUGCGAGCUGGUUACUUUGCGCGAGCAGUUGGAAGCAUUUGGUCAGAAGAUGUCAGAUCUCCUGGAGGCAUGGGAGCCGGAGGCUUGGGCGUUGGAUCAGUCUGUGGAUCUCAAUUUCAGGAGUCCUGAAAGCGCAUCGGCAGAAAGGGCAGCGAAUGCCACCAGCCAUCCAAACAUGUUGCAGGACAGGAAGCGCGCAUACAGCUUCGUAGAGUGGGUCGUUCAAGGCAAGGCCGAAGCCAAGGAGAAAGCAUUGGAGGGACUGAUCGAGCUCAUCGGCUUAGACUCGGCCCCAAAUGCCACAAGCUCUGAAGAAGAGCUUGCGGCUGCCGAGAAACGGUUGAUACUUCUACUUCAUCCAGACAAGGCGCCCCCCGACAUGCAGCUGAUUGCAACCUGUGCUUUCCAGGACCGCGAGCUGGCCAUGGCUGAGGUACGAAAGUCAUUGCGCUGUCCCAAUUCCUCUUCGGGACAGACGCAGCCAGCAAAGCCGUCAGGGGCGGCAGAACGGCUUGAGAUUCUCGUGGACGUGAACCUUCGCUCCUGGCUCUCCGGGAAUACCCAGGAUGCCCUGGAUGCAAUGUUGGCAGCCCAUGUUGAGCUGCUGAAAGCUUGCACGGCAGUGCGCACGGCAUCCUCCUCCUUUCUGAAAGGAGCACUGUUGAGGCGUGGGGCCCUGGUCUUCUGUACACUUACCGUAGCGGGGCGGAGCUCCAUUUGCGGGCAGCAGAUCCCAACAGUCCUCAUCGAUGAAGCGUGCCAAGCCUGCGAAGCAGAGACACUUCUGGCACUUCGCAGUUGGGUGCAGCGACUUUUCUUAGUGGGUGAUCCGCGCCAGCUCCCGGCAACUAUUGCUUCACCCGUGGCAAAGCGCGCAGGCUAUGCACGUUCAAUGUUCGAGCGCUUGGAACAGUUCGGCACAAGAGCAGACCUCUUGGAGGAGCAGUACCGCAUGGAUCCUCCGAUCAUGUGCUGGUCCAACGAGGACUUGGAUCCAAGGAUGGCAGAAUACAGACUGCCGCCCCUGUCCUGCAACGGGCUGGACACCUCCAGAGAAGGCUGGAUCGAGGAACAGGUGAGAUUUUCAUACAGCAACUUCAAAGAGGCUGAUUUUCUCAUGAAGCAGCUGCACGAUUUCUUCCGAGAGUGCCGUCCUGAAAUGGCAACUACGGUGGGCAUAAUCACGCCAUAUAGAGCUCAAGUAGAGCUCAUACAGGAUUUGCUAAGCAAAGCCCAUGAUCGUGUGCGUGCUUGUACAUCCGUGGCCACCGUGGACGGUUUCCAAGGGAACGAGCGUGACAUCAUUGUCAUAUCCACAGUCAGGUCUGGAAAGGGCAUCGGCUUCAAUGCUGAUGCAAGGCGGUUGAAUGUGGCCGUCACCAGAGCCAAGCGGAAUGUUUGGAUCAUUGGAAAUAUGGAGACCUUGUACCAAGGACAAUCUAAAGGUAAUGUUUGGCGUGAUCUCUUGGCCUUUGCUCGAAUACGGGCCUGGGUUAUCCCUGCCAUCACGCCGCCUGAGCCAUCAAAGCCACCAGAUCCACCAGCCACACCAGAUUUGUUGUGGUCAAGUUUGCAACAAGCCGAAUGGGAGGACUUGAUUUUCGUUCUCUUGUAG